AUGGAAGGUGGUAAAGGACUAUUUAUAAGACAAAGGAGAACAAGAAACGAAGCAACGUUUUUGGUUAGAAACGAGGCCAAUUGGCUAGAGCCACGUGUCUCCGAGAAUUUAAUGAUGGCUGAUCAAAGGGUUUUCAUUUUGCUUAAGUAUCAUGAACACGCAUUUGAAUAUGAUUAUGCAUUGAUGCAUAGGUGCUAUGAUGUAGUGAGGGUAAAACAUUUUACGAAAACACACAAUGGUCCUCCUCGCCCAUUUGGUGGCUCAGUCACCAGUGCCUCAGCUCUAAUAGGAGGUGUCAACAAUCAGGUCGUUGAAGGCGACACACCAACACAAAAGAUCACUACACUACUACGUUACAACACUCUUGGGCUACAUGCACAACACUACUACUACUACAACCAACCAUGCAAACCUCUUUCUCACUCUCUCUCCACGCCUUGCAAAUUUGGCUCAACUAAACAGGAACCAUAUGUCCACAAAGAGGACCAAUUACAUUCAAUGUCAACUUCUGUAGAUUCGCAAACUAAAUCCAACUGCCCUGUUUGUUUGGGCAACCUCGGUUGCCCAACAGUGCGUUCAAGAACAAAAUUGAUGAGUAUUUUGAUAGAAAAGGGGAAGCCUCAAGAAGCCGAUUCCAUUUUCAACAGUAUUACAGAAGAAGGACACAGACCAACUCUUAUAACGUAUACAACUCUUGUAGCUGCCUUGACCCUUCAAAAGCGUUUCAAGUCCAUUCCUUUACUCAUAUCUAAAGUGGAAGAGAAUGGACUGAAGCCAGAUUCAAUAUUGUUUAAUGCCAUGAUCAAUGCUUUCUGUGAAGCUGGAAAUGUUAAGGAAGCAAUGAAAAUUUUGCACAGGAUGAAGCGGAGUGGAUGUAAGCCCACAACCAGGACUUUCAAUGCCCUAAUUAAGGGGUAUGGAAUUGUUGGUAAGCCAGAAGAAUCUCUGAAAUUGCUAGAGCUAAUGUGGGAGGAAGAAAUGAAACCAAAUGACAGGACAUUUAAUAUUCUAGUUAGAGCCUGGUGUAAUAAGAAGAACAUUACGGAAGCAUGGAAUGUGGUAUAUAGGAUGGUGGCAUCUGGUGUGCAACCUGAUGUUGUCACCUACAACACACUAGCAAGGGCUUAUGCUCAGAAAGGGGAGACAAGUAAGGCUGAAGGAAUGAUAUUGGAGAUGCAAAGAAAUAAAGCAAGGCCUAAUGAGCGUACGUGCGGUAUAAUCAUCAACGGUUAUUGUAAAGAAGGUGAUAUGACAGACGCCUUGAGGUUUGUGUACAGAAUGAAGGAUCUUGGUGUACAUCCAAAUCUUUUUGUUUUCAACUCACUUAUCAAAGGAUUUCUAGACCUUUCAGACAGAAAUGGGGUUAAUGAGGCACUGACAUUGAUGGAAGAAUUUGGGGUUAAACCAGAUGUGAUAACAUUUAGCACCAUAAUGGAUGCAUGGAGCUCAGCCGGGCUCAUGGACAAAGGCAUGAAGAUCUUCAAUGACAUGGUGAAGGCUGGAAUAGAACCUGACAUCCAUGCAUUUAGUAUUCUUGCAAAAGGCUUUGUGCGCUCUGGAGAGCCUGAAAAGGCUGAAUCACUCCUGACUUUCAUGGGCAAAUCUAGUGUACACCCAAAUGUCGUGAUCUUCACUACCAUCAUCAGUGGAUGGUGCAGUGCAGGUAAAAUGGAGCAUGCUUUGAGAGUUUAUGAGAAAAUGUGUCAAAUGGGCAUUCCCCCCAAUUCGAAAACUUUUGAGACUCUAAUAUGGGGAUAUGGAGAAGCAAGACAACCAUGGGAAGCAGAGGAAUUGAUCCAUGUUAUGGAAGAGAAGGGUGUUGUUCCUGAAAAGACCACUAUUCAACUUGUUGCUGAUGCUUGGCGAGCCAUUGGUUUAGUGAAUGAAGCCAUGAGAAUUUUAAAUUACUCCGAGAAAGAAUGUGAAGUAGUACAAAACUAUAAGAGGGGUGAGAUACCAGAGGAUAGUUUGCAGAUUCAUAAGAAACAAAAUGUUAGUGCCGCUUAUUCUAAUCCUUUGCAGGUACCUAGAGUAGUUGCAACUAAACAAAAUGGGUCAUCUAUUGCUAACAUAAGCAGCAGGUUGGUGCAAAAUGGAUCUGAGAUUUUAUCUGAGAGCAUGCGGAAUGCCACUCUUUCCAUGGUUCUUGCUCAUACAUGUGCAUUUGGUGCAAGGCCAAUGAUUAUAUGUAGGAAGCAGUUUCAAAGUCGGGUUGGGAUAGGCAGGCAUUUUGUAAAUACAUGUGGAGCAGUGUUUAUAAACUGAUGAGCAAACAAUGUGGCUGCAGUGAUCCUUUCUUGACUAUGAUGAAAUGCUAUCCUAUGAA